CUCAUUUAUUGUGUCUUUGCAAAUGCAAAGUUCUGGAAUCAACCUCCAAGGUCCCCCACUUCUCCAAAAUCCUCUCUUUUAUCCUACACUCUAAUCAUAGUCCUUCCCCAUCAUCAUCAUCAUCAUCAUCAUCUUUGUUAAGCACACCACCUUCACCUUCCCUACUAACAACAUAGAGAAAAACAAAACUAUCUUACCCACAUGGAUUUGCGAUGAAAGUGAGAGAGUUCAAUUAUGCGAACGCUUUGUGACGCUUGUGAGAGUGCGGCCGCUAUAGUUUUCUGCGCCGCUGAUGAGGCUGCGCUGUGUCGUGCAUGUGAUGAGAAGGUUCACAUGUGCAAUAAGCUAGCUAGUAGGCAUGUGAGAGUUGGUCUUGCAAGUCCAAGUGAUGUGCCUCGCUGUGACAUAUGCGAGAAUGCACCUGCUUUCUUCUAUUGCGAGACAGAUGGAAGUUCCCUUUGUUUGCAGUGUGAUAUGAUAGUUCAUGUCGGAGGUAAAAGAACGCAUGGACGAUAUCUUCUUUUCAGGCAGAGAGUUGAGUUUCCAGGAGAUAAAUCUAGUCAUGCUGAAAAUCCGGCGUCACAGCCACUGGAACCAGGAGAGGCUAAAAGAGGACAAACUCCACUUCCCAAACUAAAAAUGGGAGAGAAGCAACAAAAUCACAGGAUGCCUCUGGUUUCAACGCCAGGACCUGAUGCAGAUGGGCAUACCAAGAUGGAAACUAAAAUGAUUGAUUUGAACAUGAAGCCAAACAGAAUACAUGAACAAGCAUCAAAUAAUCAGCCAUAAAUCGUGCAGCUAGGCAAUGCAGUUCUAGUAGGAUCCUAAACCAAAAAUCUACCAAUGGCAAAAUGAGGCAUUGAGGCACCAAAGUCUUUUGAAGAGUUUGUUCGCCUUUGUAGGGAUUUAAUUUGGUAGUUCAACACAUCAUAUCUGUACUGCAAAGCAUUGUUAACUGUAUAUCUAUGAUCCCUUUCAAUGAAUUGUGUGUUGACUGUUGACUUUUGUUUCUGGUUUCAGUUUUCUAUGUCAUUACGUCCCCCAGACAAUUCGGGGGAAAAGAGAUUUUUUUUUAAUGCGACAUUACAUCUGAUCGUAGAAAUUAU